GUCGAUCUGAUCUGUGAAAUUGUUGGCAGACGAAGUGCCGGAUGAGAUAGCGAUUAAAUUGUGGAAGAAAGCAUAACUUUUGUAGUCAUUCGACUGCGAUAAGCGAGUUAUGGCGGAGAUAGUGCGGCUGAUUUUGCUUUGCUUGCUGUUGCCGACGAUAUUUGCCCAACCACAUAAAACUAAGGAUCCUAAUGAUAAACCAUUUUUACCGAUACAUCCCGUCUAUCCUUACAGCCCUAAGUUAAUUAAACGAGGUGCCGAGGCAGAGUCAACUUCGCAAUUAAUGUCGGAAUCGUUCGCGCCGAAAAUCGACGCCAAGGAUUCCUACAGUUCUAGUUACAAUAACAAUCAUCAAAAAAAUUCUUAUUAUUCUCAUUACGAUUCAUAUUCCAAAAACAAUUCCCCUUCAUCCGCUCAUUCCUCGUACUACAACAACGAUGCGUAUCCUUACGCCAAUUUACCCUACGUCAUUUAUAAUCCGUAUUCUACACAAUACACAGUGAAUCCUGCGUUGUAUCCACCUCCGUCCUAUCCGAAUUAUUAUUACCAGCCACCCUACUAUUAUCCUCAUUACUUCAAUCACGCUCCCCUUUCGCCAUUGCCAACGCCGUCGUCAGGCAUCGACCAGGAAACAUCGCAAGAUUCCACCGAGACAUCGGAGAAGGUCAAGCAGAGUACACAAUCGAAAGAUAAUGAGACGAAUCAGGACGCUUCUACGAGCCAAUUCGUAGACGGCGGAAACUACAUAUCCGGCAACUUGAAGGAUCUCGACGGGCAAUCUAGCACGUACAAGAUAGCCAAUCCAUACAAUCAACUCGAUGUUCAAACAAAGGGCCUGCCGAUUUUCCUGCCGAAGACGACGUACAGAGUAAUCAGCGUAGCGGGACAGCCAGUCGGCCCGGAUUACCCGCUGCCCGCUCCGUACGUCAAAGCUCAGCAGAUGGAACAGCUGAUGAGCCAGACAUUGGGCAAUUUAUUGGCGCAAAAACAAGCUGGUCAGUCUUACGAGAACGAUAAAGACGUCUUAAGCAGUGUCAACGAUGGAUCAUAUACGAAUCAAGAUUCUUAUACUUCAAACACACCAUCAUACGUCACUCUUUCGGGAGCAAAAACUAAAACUGGUGUAACUUACGUGAUAAAUGUCGAUGGUGCCGCUAAAGUUAACGGAGAACGGAUAAAUUUACAAGAAGCUCCAUCUCAAAAAACUUCGAAUAAGAAUACGAGAUACUCGAGCGUCCAUUAUGUUCAAAAACCGGUAUCGCAGACAACAUACGCAUCGUCUGAUAAUCGCAUCAAGCAUCGCGAUCGUGUGGUCGAUCGUCGACCAACAAAUCAAAGAGAUGACUAUACUAAUUACGACGCCCAUGGUCAGUUCGGCAAUAAACAGAAACAGAAUUACAGAAGUUAUCAAAAUCAAUCGGGCUAUUAUCAGAAUAAAGAUUUCACUGCCGCAUCUCAGACGCCCCGAUCUUACAAUUAUGAGUUCUCGGCUUACGAAUCACAUCAGGCACAGCAAAUAAAACAAGAUAAGAUCAGUGCGGAUGACGGUAACUUUGGAAAUAAACAAUAUAAUAAAGAAUGAUAUUGCAUGAUCUACAAAUGCGAUAGAAUGGUAGAAAAAAUGGUGCUAUUAUAUAUAAGAUAUAUUAUAUAAGAUUGUUAUAAUUAUUCGUUGUUAUAGAACUGUUAAAUUGACGCGAUUAUUUUUAUUUUCAAGAAAU